UUUAGCAUGCUCGGUCUCUCCUCGACUCUCAUUGACCGUCCACUGUGUCCAAGAUGGACAUUCGAAUCUCGUAGCUGGUUUUAAAGUCUCCAUUUCCUCACGGAAAUGGACUCUAGAGGUUUGAAGAAUGGACACUUAAGCGGAGGGAAAGGAAACAUUAUCUUAAAGUGGGCUGUAAAUGCAAACGUCUCUCUGACCACAAACGAUUUUACAAACUCUUCAGAGAGAGAGAGACAGAGAGGCCACCUCUCAUUAAGGAUCUCUUACAUUCUUAAUUCCAUUUCUUGGUCGAUGUAGCGGAAAACAGCAAAUUGAAGUCUGAUGCACAAAAUGCAAUAUAAAUAUUAAGUUUGUGCCUUUGCCGAGUCUGCGGUUUGAAUCAAACGGUCGCUGGAUGCGCGCUGCGUCAGAGGAAUGAAGAAUGGGCCACGGUUUAGUUCACAUUUACCGCAGUUGUGCUGACCGUGUCUUUCAGAAAUGUCUGUUAGCAGCACUGUCACAUAUUUCACAUACGACCGAAAACCAUUUGCAUUCAUUUACAUUUUAAGGACGGGCGGGACAAUGAAGAAUAUUCUGCAGCAUUCUGUCUCGGAACAUUUAUAUGAGUUUAAUGAAUAAUCCAAUGGGAGCAUAGUGAAGAAUAGAGACUAAUUAAGUUAUUAAUUAUAAAGUUUCCUUUUUUUCUCGAGAUCGUCACUGUAUCACCAACUAUUAGGCAGCUUAGACAGACAUUGAGACGACUGCACACACAUUAAUGGGUUCCGUCUUUGCAGUGGCCGCACCUGACCUUCUUGACCCAAAGUCUGCCGCCCACAACUCUAAACCUCGCCUUUCGUUCUCGGCAAAACCAGUUGUGCUGAACACCCCAGAGGAUGAGUGCGACACCCGGACUACAGUCAUGAGGUGGAAAACCGUGUCAGCCAUCUUCUUCCUGGUGGUGCUGUACCUCAUCAUCGGGGCCACCGUGUUCCGGGCGCUGGAGCAGCCCCACGAGAGCUCCCAGAAACUGGCCAUUCUUGUCGAAAAACUGGACUUCUUGGCCACGCACGCCUGCGUGAACUCCUCUGAGCUGGAAGAUCUGGUCAAGAAAGUGGUUGCAGCAGUUCGUGCGGGUGUGAACCCAUCAGGAAACUCAUCCAAUCAGACGAGCCUCUGGGACCUCAGUUCCUCCUUUUUCUUUGCUGGGACUGUUAUCACCACCAUCGGAUUCGGGAAUAUUUCUCCUCACACAGAAGGAGGGCGGAUCUUCUGCAUACUCUACGCUCUGCUGGGGAUCCCUCUGUUCGGAUUCCUAUUGGCCGGAGUCGGGGACCAGCUGGGGACCAUUUUCGGAAAGGGCAUCGCCAAAGUAGAGAAGAUGAUUGUGGUGAGGUCCUUUGUACAUAAGUGGAAGGUCAGCCAGACGAAGAUCCGCGUCAUCUCCACGCUGCUCUUCAUCCUGUUCGGGUGCCUCAUCUUCGUGGCCCUGCCGGCCGUCAUCUUCAAGAACAUCGAGGGCUGGAGCACGCUCGAGUCCAUCUACUUUGUUGUCAUCACCCUCACCACCAUCGGCUUUGGAGAUUUUGUCGCCGGAGAGAAAGGUGGAUCGGAGAGUCCGGAGUACCUCGACUACUACAAACCCGUGGUAUGGUUCUGGAUCCUGGUGGGCUUGGCGUACUUUGCCGCAGUGCUCAGUAUGAUAGGAGACUGGUUCCGAGUCAUCUCCAAGAAAACGAAAGUAGAGGUCGGCGAGUUUCGUGCACAUGCGGCCGAGUGGACAGCGAACGUGUCCGCAGAGUUCAAAGAGACCCGCAGGCGGCUCAGCGUCGAUAUCUAUGACAAGUUUCAGCGUGCUGCAUCCAUCAAGCGCAAGCUGUCAUCUGAGCUGGGAAUUAACCCGUCCCUCAGCCAAGAAAUGACCCCUGGCAAGAGGACGCUGUCCGUCAACCUGUGCGAAGACAGAGAGGCUUACCCCAACUUGACUCUCUCCCUCAGUCCUGUUUCAGGGGCCCUGUCCCGGAACGGCAGCCUCUAUCUGAACGGCCUCAGUCCAGACUACGCCGACCGACGGGAGAUCGCCAUCAUCGAAAACCUCAAAUGAGGAGCAGCAUUUAAAUACCACUAUACUAAAUGGACCGAGAUUACAAAUACAUAGACACUCUUGUGCUAAGUGACUGAUGAGGUACCCAUCCGCAUUCAUUAACUAGAUUGUGUUCCAGUCAUUGAUCUACAGCUGUGGCAGGGACUUAAACACAGAUCAAUCGUCGAGCUGUGUACCUUUGGCAUGUGUGUUGAACUCUAACAAGAGAAAACUCACAACUUGCAUUUAUUCUUUCGAAGGAGUCAGACUUCCGUUAUGUCCCUGCUGUGAUCGACCGCUGUGCUAGUGAUUGAGCCGAAUCAAAAGCAAGCUCCAGAAUGGGAUUCACGUCUUUGUCAGAAACAAGAGCUCAAAGAACUUCUCUCAUGAACAGGAAGGAAAUGAAAGCUCUUACUGAGGUAGCACCACACUGGACGUCCUUUUCUCAAAAUAUUUCAGUCAUCAAACUUAGGAAGCAAUAGAAUCUGUGCUCAUCUCUUGCUGAAUUUCCAGGGGCCCUGAAAUCUGCAUCAGAUGAAGAGGAUCCUCAAUGCUAAAAACACUGCACCAUCAACACUGGUUCUCCACGGGGCACCAGCUGCCACUGCUAACGUAAAGGAAUGUUGCUUUUUCUUUUGGUUUACACUUCUUAAAGUAUGACGUUAUCAUCGCCGGUCAGCCUACCCUCGCUAGAGAGUCGAAUGUUGACAUUUUAGUUGCUUCAUGACUGACAGUCAACUCUUCAUCCUAAGGAAUAAUCCACUUGUGCCUUAAUGAAAUCCACACGGAGGAUGAUGAGCAGGAAAGACUCAUAAGCAUCAUAUUUGAGCACAGCAGUUAUAUAUUUAGGAUGUAUGUUGGAAACCAAGACGUUGUUUAACUGAUUUUAACAGGAAUCUAUAGUAUGCAUGGCAAAUGAGUGGGGAAAAAAAGAGUUUAACAUAAAAUAUUAGCGGAAAAAGCUGAAAACUAUUUAGGUAUUUAAUACCCAUCUCAGUGUGUUGUGAUCGUUCCAUUAACCAGACAGUGCCAGGCUUGCUGAUCAAACCCCACUCCCCCUAUACCAAAGUAAUGAUCCUGCUGUUUUCUGACAGAGGAAUAAGAUUGGUGUUCAGUCUGAUCAAAGGAUCGGGGGUCUUUUAUGUUGUGUCUCAAUCCUCUCCUGCAGGGUUUCAUAAAAUUGAACAAACUUUUAUGUUCUUUUUUUUCUUUUUUUUUUUCAUGAAACUGAAACACAGACCUUUGUUCAUCAACGCUCUCUCUUUCUGAAGAACUCUUGGCAUGUAUGGUACUGUAGCAAAGAAACGUCUGAGGCCACGAAAUGAAUCUCUACCUUCCUACUUUUGAUGAUAGAACCUUUUCCUUCUGCAGAUUAAGAUGCAGCCUGUUAUUGCUUGCCAAUACUGAAUGUAUGUUUUUUUUUUGUUUUUUUUUGUGCAUCGCUGUAGUGGAUCAAUUAUAGAGGCUUUAGAGGAAUUGCAUCUCAUAGAAAUAGAACUGAUUCAAAUGAUUGCCUCUCAUGGUUGCUGUAGUGUAGAUUAAAAAUAAUUAAACUGGUUCUAGCGGCAUUCAGCCACAGUUUAUAUCUCCCUUUGAAUCACAAUACAGAGUAAAAAUGUUGGCGUCUCAUUUUAAGUGAGGCCUUUUUUUUUAUUAUUUAUGGUAGGAUUUCUGCAAGGAUGGAUUGCACCUGAUGCAAUCAUGCAGGGAUAUUUCAGGCUUUGGUGUCUCCCAGUUGAACGGCUUGGACUGUGCAUCUUAUUGUUUGAUUCACUGCAGUUUGUCCGUUUGUGCCGUAAUAUGCUCAAUACAUUUCAUAGUGCUAUUUACAUUUUUAUAAAUGAAAAAAUAACAUUUAUAAUACAGUGUGUCUUACACUACUCCAUCACGCCAAAUAUACGCAUGAUCAUUUAUGAGUUAAACUAUACAGAAUUGUAUUCCUUAACUUUAUAGCUGAACCAUUUGCACCAGCCAGUUGAAAACCUGGCUUAUUUAUAACGUAAGUGCUUAUUAAGAGAUUUAGAGAUCAUAAAAGGCGAGAGAGGAUUAGUUGAAAGAUUAGUUGUUACAGAAAAUAACGCCCAGAAACUGCCUGGUGUAAUUGUUGCAGAGUCAACUAAAGUAAUUAAAACUGAGUUUGCUACUUUAUAACCCAAUAAAAAGACUAAAAACAACACCAUACAAAGAUUGCAUAGGCAGAGGUUUCUUUGAAGUGGGUUUAUAUGAGGUACUUAAGGUGAGGUAUGAGGUUUCCAGAGUGUGUCACAUCGAGCAGAUGGUGGUUCACACAUAAUUUGAGAUUAGUGAGAGCAUGGAGAUGGUAAUUUUACCUCGCAGAACGCUUGGGUUGCUGUGAUUGGCAAGUUAAACACAGCAAUUAUGUGACUUUGGUUUUGCUACGUUAUUUCAUACCCAAAUUAUCAUGUCAAAACACCAACAAGUCACAAAACAGUAGAGCAGAAACUUCACGAGGUAAAAUCGAUGGUUUUGUCAAUGGAAUCUGGUGGCUUGGAAGAAGACAACGUAAAUCCAUGAGGUCUCUAUCGGAAAAGGUCACCUGGCAGCAAAACAAAGCAAUAAAAUUUAAAACUAAUAAAAAUAAAAAUAAAGAACCUUUUACCAUCCUGACCCCGUCCACAACGGUUCAUUACUUAGCUUCAGAUGUUGUCUCGUUGGCGUGCAGACUAUCAUCUAACUCACACCACCCCGCUUUCAAAAAACUGAACCAUCUCUUUAAGUCACAUUUCACAAAAAAUACAUACCUCAGACCAAAAAUAUUACGCCAGUACAGUUGAGCAUGAAUUAAGUUUUAUCCCAAUUAUUUGAAAGUGUUUCAAUCUACUAGCAAAACUGAAUUCUGAUCAGGAAGUGGCUCGUCAGAAACGUUCCAGCCUAUAAAUGAACUACUAGUCUGCAAUUUGUUUUCUCCGUGUAUUGAUUUUUGAAUAAAACAAAAUAACAAUAAAAAAAGUAAUUACUAAAGAUUGAAAAUGUAUGAAUGUAUAUUCCUUUUAUAAAUAAUUGACACAUUACUGAGCCUUUACGAGGCAACAAAUGCCUGAAGUGUUAAACUGGCUCCAGAUGCAGCUAUAAAGAAAAUACAGUGGAUUUACCACCGCAUGGUUCAACACAGUCCGUGACUACUCCGUUUUUCUGUACUGCCUCUCAUGUUAUUUUUUAUUUUUUAUUUUUUUGAAAGGUUGACGUAAGCAUGAGCACUUACUCCUGCUUGUUCGAUGCUGCCUGUGUGAGUGUAGUGAAGGGUCACGAGCUGUCAUGUGUUAUCAAGUCAAUGGGGAGUCACUAAGCCAUUAUCAAGCAAGUGAGGUAAAACUAAAGAUAAGACGUUUCAUUACGCUCAUCUUCUCGUGCUGUCAAAAACAAAAAGCAAUCACUAUCGUCUAUACAAUUGCUGAGCUGUCUGAGAAAAGCCAUCCCAGCCUUAGUGUAGCUUCUCGAAAGCAAAGCCCCCUGAACGCCGCUGAACUGCUUCCUCUCAGUCAGCCAUGUGAUUGACAGCUUGUCAGUGCAACAGAGAGACUUGCCGACGAAGUGUUGCGUAACAUGUCAGACUGCGCACGUACGGCCACACGCGUGCACUGCUUUGACAGCGCGUGCGCCUACAUGAAUGAAUGUGCGACUGCACGUGCGAUGUGGGGUGUGGACGCGGGGGGGGUUUGAGGAAGCUCAUUUCAUUUCCACCCACAGGAGCAUUUUCACAUCCCCUUCUUCUCCCAAGGUGACAGUUUUUAAUUAAGUCUGCGGCUCGCAUCGAAAAACCCCCGACUCAAGCAUGUUGAAUGUAUCUUCCCAUUCACGAGGGCAGAGAUGAGCCUCAUUACGAAUGUAAGCACAUUCAUCAUUUCACGUUGCGCGAAAUGAGUUGAAAUAGCUCGGAGCAUUUUGUGUCCAAACAACAGGCUUUCUUUUAAAGCUCUGGGGUGCCAUAAAGCAUUUGUAAUCAUGGUGAUCAUUAAAGUAGAUAACAGUGUUAUCUCAUGGUUUGUGAACAUUAGGAGUGUAGUACGAGUAGCGCCACAACCAUUUUUCAUAAACGUUCUGGACUGGAUUUGGUCUUUUACCUAAAACGCAUGCAUGAGAAUCUAAAUUCACCAUUUGAAAGGUUUACUAGUAUAAACGUGAGGGGUCAUGUACACACGUCCUUUUUUCUCAUGAUGAUUUCAUGAUUUCAGCAAGUGUUGCAUGCUACUUUAAAAAAUGUUUAUAGAUCAAAUGUGUCUUCUUAAGCCGGGCUUUGCUUUGUUUAAAAUAAUAUAUCAUCAUAUGUUUCUAGUAUCUUAAUGUUGGUAUGUCUGUUUCCAAUCAUGGCACACUUUUCUGACAGUUUAGAAUAAAAUCUUUUAUAUGCAACA